AUGUCGACGGGCGAUCCAGUUGCUGAUGAUGUUCCGUGCUCAGCUGAAGAGCAGCCGCCGAUGAUGGAAUUGAUCUUGGUAGUGCAUCUCGUGGCAUCGGACGUUCGGAAAAUGUCGACAGGCGAUCCAGUUGCUGAUGAUGUUCCGUGCUCAGGUGAAGAGCAGCCGCCGAUGAUGGAAUUGAUCUUGGUAGUGCAUCUCGUGGCAUCGGACGUUCGGAAAAUGUCGACAGGCGAUCCAGUUGCUGAUGAUGUUCCGUGCUCAGCUGAAGAGCAGCCGCCGAUGAUGGAAUUGAUUUUGGUGGUGCAUAAUCAGAAAACAAAGGACGAUACGCUUGAUUAA